AUGUCUAUAGCGGAUUGGUGGUCUUGUUAUGGAUCUUCAAGUCCCAACCUCAAAUCAUUUGCAAUAAAAGUUCUUAGCCUCACUUGUAGUGCUACCGGGUGCGAGAGAAAUUGGAGUGUCUUUGAACAUCUUCAUACCAAGAAGAGAAACCGAUUGGCACAAGAUCAGCUCAAUCACUUGGUUUAUGUGAAGUACAAUCGCACUUUGGAAAGGCGAUACAAGAGGAAAGACACGAUAGAUCCUAUUUUAUUAGAAGAGAUUGAUGAUAGCAAUGAAUGGUUGCUUGGACAUAUGGAUGGGGACUCUUCUAAUGAAGAUAGUGAUCUUGUGUUUGAGGAUGAUAAUUUGACAUGGAGUGCCGUUAGCAAGGCUUCGGGAGCUAAUGACCCUAUUUAUAGCACUAGACAUGCAUCUAGAGUAGAUAAAGGAAAGGGUGUAGUUGCUUCGGGUUCGAGGACGAGAAGACUCUUAGAUGAGAAUGAAGAUGAGGAUGGGGAUGAGGAAGCGGAGGAGAUGGAAGAGGACAUUGGUGAAGACAAAGAUGAUGAAGGAGAUGGGGAUGAUGCACUUAAUGAUGAUGAUUAUUGAUUAGUUAUUCGAUAUUUGAUCGUACUUUUAGACUUGCGUAGUUUAAAACUUAAGUAUUUGUGUGUCUUGAAUUUUUAUGUGUUUUUAAAUUAAGUAUUUAUGUGUUUAAGUAUUUGUGGUGUUAAAUAUUUGUGUUUUUG